AUGCAAUUCACCAACAUCCUUCUUCCUCUGUUGUUCGCCAUCUCUGGUGCCAACGCUCAAGAGUCGUCAGCUGUUACUUCCGUAACCACCUACUACACCACCUUCACCGUCAGCCGUGUCGUCGAGACCACCACUUGCACCUCAACUACCACUCCCAUCGUUGAGCCCACCCCAGAGACCGUCGUUGUCUCUACCUCCCAGGCUCCCGUUCCUACAACCUCAGCUUCCGCCUAUGUCACCACUGAGCUCCUCACCUCGACUGUUCAGAAGGUCGCUGUCAGCUCUGCCGUCUCUUCCUCCAUGGUUACCGUCCAGUCUCCCAGCGCUUCUGCUGCUAUGCCCUACCACCCUUCCAACGGCACCACUGUCGCCGUCUCUUCUCCCACCAUUGCUCCCUUCACCGGUGCCGCUUCCGGCUUGACCAUUCAAUUCGGCGCUGCUGCUGUCAUUGCCGCCGUCGCUGGUGUUGCUCAGAUGCUUUGA